AUGGUGGUGCCGCAAUUCAUGGUUUCUCUAUUGUGCCGCGUGCUCGUGUUCAGAAGAGGUGACGUUCCGCUCUACGUUUCGCCGCUCCCGACCGGCGUCUGCUGGUACUGCUGCCCUAUCAACGUGGACCGCGACGUCAAGUAUCUGUUGUACACCAGACGGAAUCCAACUUACGCCACUACGUUGGAUAUAAGGAACCCGUAUUCGUUGCGAAACAGCUAUUUCGACGGUAGAUAUCCAACCAUAAUCUACAUCCAUGGGUACAGCGAUAGCGCGUCUGGUGGUAGCUCCACUGCAAUUCGAGACGGAUACCUCAAGCGUGGACAGUACAACGUGAUCCUGGUGGACUGGGCAAUGUUGGCAGGCUUGCCUUGGUACGUGACAGCAGUCGGGAACACGAAAAUCAUUGGACCCCACGUUGCUCGUUUGGUGAGAUGGCUGGACGCUCAACGAGCGGUCCCUUUGUCCAACUUGCACGUGAUUGGUUUCAGUUUGGGCGCGGAAAUCGCCGGGUUCAUGGGGAAGGCGUUAGGCCGGCGAAAAGUUGGACGGAUCACUGGACUGGACCCAGCAUACCCUCUCUACAUGAACAGUGGCAGAGAGGGACACCUAACAGCGGCUGACGCGUUGUUCGUAGACGUGAUCCACACGGACGGUGGCCAUUUUGGAUUCCCGAAUCCUCUGGGCCACGUGGACUUCUAUCCAAACGGUGGUAGAGCGAUUCAACCGGGUUGCAACUUGCAAAGUGUCAUUCGUAGGAGCAUUUCGCGACUCAUCAAUCAGUACAUUGUAUGCGGACAUAAUCGAGCUUGGAUGUUUUACGCGGAGUCCGUGGUGAAUCCUUUCGGGUUCCCCGCCAGUCGGUGUCCAAGAUGGCGUGCGGACAUUCGAGCGAAUUGCAUGUGGACACCGGACGUAUUAAUGGGAUUCGCGGUGCAGUCUACAGUCAGGGGCAAGUUCUAUUUGAGGACAAACGCGGAACCGCCGUUCGCCAAGAACGCGACCGGUUACAUCGGGAAAUGA